CGGGUGCCACUCUACCUCUCCUCUAUGAUACGGCGCCGCUCUAUCCCUACCCGCCCGCUCGGGUCAGGUCGCCUGAAGCCGCUCCCUGGCGCUUUUCCCCUGCGGGCUCCGCUUUCUCCUUAGCCUGGCGUAGAGGUCGCCGGCGCCGUCUCGGCCCCGCGGGAGGCCCGUCUGGAUUAGCGAUCCCCUUGGCCACUCGGCCCUCUCUAUGGCCCAGGCCGCCGUCGCUUGGCAGCGCGCCCUCUCUAUGGUCCCGCGGCCGGGAUGUGGCGGUGGCUGCUGCGGGGCCGCGGCCUGGGCCGCUGUUGGCCGCCCCCCGCCCGCCCCGCCUGCGCCGCCGAGCCGUCUGACGGCCCCAGCCCCGAGCUAGCGCCCGGUUGCCAGGACGGACGGCCCCGGGAUGGCCGGGAGCGAGGAGGAAGGCAGCAGCCCCUGCCUGGACUGGUGUGCCGCUACUCGGUGCUGGAGGCAGUCACCUGGGGUGCACUUGGUGCGCUUCUUCUGCAGCUGGUCAGACAGAUCUCGUGGCUGAGAUCGCUGCCGGACGCCAGGAGAGAGCGCAGAUGUCCCAGGCUUUCUUCGGUGCCCUCUCAGCAGACAGUGGUGACUGAAGCCUCAACCAGCUGUCCGAAUGUGCAGCUGGAGUCCUGCUUCCUGCAGAAAGGAAGUCCAGAGGUUGUACUAGAGAAUUCAUCCUCAGGCAUCCCCUCAGGGCAAGGAGAGAACCAGCCCUGGGCAGAAGUAGGGGAGUUCCAGAUCCACGAGAGCUCCAGCUUGGAGCCAGUUCUCCACAGUGCAAAGGGUGACCCAGCUCAGCGAGGGCAUUUAGAGGAAGCUGCUCUCCAGUUGCAGCAGAUUUUCCGGAUUGACAUUUCCAUUGCAUUGAAUAUCCUCGGGAUUGAAAGUAUGAGAGCGGGCCAUUACAGGAUAGGCUAUACCUGCUUCAAACUGGCAGCAGAUCGAGGCUACAGCAAAGCCCAGUUCAAUGUGGGUCUGUGUUACGAGCAUGGCAGAGGCACAGAAAAAGACUUGGAAAAGGCAGCUUUUUAUUACUACCACGCAGCCAGUAGCUGUCACGCCAUGGCACAGUACCGCUACGCUAAAUACCUCUUACACCACAGACCUGAAAAUGAAUGGGGUGGGCAUCAGAAAGCAGUGGCUUUCCUGGAGCAAGCAGCAAUGGCUGGUAUUACAGAGGCACAGGCUUAUCUUGGAGUAUUCUACAUGAAAGGGCUGCAACCUAAGGAAAAGAGAGGUCUAAAGUAUCUGCUGCUGGCAGCAAAGAAUGGCGAUGCCCAAAGCAGGUAUCACGUGGGCGUUUGCUAUGAGAAGGGCCUUGGAGUGCAGCAGAACCUGGCAGAAGCGAUGAGACACUACCAACAGUCAGCUGCUGCGGGGAACAGGAAUUCCCAGGAGAGACUGCAAGCGCUGGAAGAGGAGGUGGAAGAUGUGCAAAUAAAACAUCCAUUCCCUUCCGGAAUAAGAGCCUCUUCCUCUAGCCCCUGUUUCUGGGCUACUGACCAUGUGCCUGCAGGCCUCCAUGCCAGCCAGCCAAGACAAUCUGCCCUCACCCUGCCCCACUCUUGGAGCGCAGACGGACUCCACAUGAUGAUGCUUGGCAGUGCAGGAUGGAGCCGUGCUCUCGGAAACAGGGCAACACCGCUGGAACUGCAGUGCUUGGAGCCCCACCACUGCUGUUGUUAGAGUAGUCGCUGCCAAGCUGCCUACAGAACAGGAGCAUGAUCUUCCAGUCCAAGGCUCUUCCCAUGUGCCGACAGCUGCCGCAGAAGACCCGAGCCUGUUUCAUCGUGGACUUGGACCUUCUGGGACAAAAUCAUUUCAAAGAGGGUGCUCAUUUCUGAAAGGAAGGUGCUGGCCAGUCUUGUUCCAGUGGCAUUUGAGUCAGCCCCGGCUCCUUUGCCGAAGGUCUCAAAGGUCCUUGGCUUCUCCUGCCUUGCAGCUUCCUCAUCCUGAGGUGAAUGCAGAGAGUCAGGGGAGAAGACAUUGUCCUUAUAACUACUGGUGAGCGGCAAGGAGAGCCGAGCCACCCACGCUGGGUCAGCAGCCGUCAGCCUCUUGAGGGCCAGCUCUGGGGGGAGUGAAAACAAGAACUGUUGGUGAGAUGUGGAGUAGAGGAGAUCACAGGAGAGGAGGCAAAAAAAAUAAAAAUGAGAAAUGAGGAGACUUCCUGAAAUCAGCUGAGAGGACUGAUUGUAAACAGGUCUAGAGAUAAGCUACCAGCAGCAUUGUUCAAACCAGCAGCUUAAAAAUACCAAACAAACUAGAAGUGGUUUAAAACUACUGGGUUGUUUUGUAUUUUAAUAUAAUAACCAUUAGGAUUACUUUGCUUUCUCAUUUGUUGCAGCCUCAAGUGGCACUUCACUAAAUUGUCAGCAAAGCCAGAGAAAGUGAGGGUUUAGGACUGGCUAAAAGGGAGAUGACAAUGGAAAGCUUUCAAGGGGGAAGUAUUGGAUGCAAAGGUCACCAGUGGACUUCCCUUAAGGGUCACUCUAGGGUGGGAAUUUGCUCCUAAGUAGGCAUAUCAAGACAAAAAAGAAAUGGGUUAUUGUGAAAACAAUAAUAACAGAAGUAGAAUGAAAUUCUGGAUUAUAAAAUGCACAGCUGGAUGGUUGAAGAAUAGUAACCAAAAAAAUGAGAUACAAAGUAGCUGUUCAUCAAUUGGAAGCAGGUGAGGGGCAGUGGGAACCUGGUGUGGGUGCUGGCUGCAGGCUUGUUAGUGUACCAGUAAUGUGAUUCUGCCCCGAAAUGGGAAAAUUGUAUCAUACAAUAUGUUGGUCAAGAUAUUCCCUGUUGGCACAAAGACAUAUCCGUGGUAUUGUUACUAGGUCUGGCGAGACCUGGUUAGGAGUAUUACAUAUAAAUCUGAUUAUCCGUGCAUAGGAAAGAGGAUCUGAAAUGACAGAAGUGCAGAGAAAACUACUGAGAUGAAAACAGAAGUGAGUCCAGGCUUACAUGAUGGAGACCCCAAGAGGUAGCUUAGCUUAGCCUAAGGAAGCAAAUGCUCACUGGGGAUCUGACUGCAACGUGUCGCCAUUUUGAUGAGAUAAGAACCGACGAAGGAAAUCUUUAUGCUUAAAAUAGUGUUGGCAAAAGAAGAAGUGAUUAUAACUGUCCACAAAUAAACAUAUACUGGAAAUUAAAGGAAGGCCCCAUAGCAGGGGGAGCCUAGAAUAGCUUCCUCAUCAGACUGCAGGACAGGAAACGGGGAUUCUUGUUAUUUAAGGUAGAGCUUUGCAGUUGGUAAACAAGACUCUGUGAUGUGGUACACAGGUGCUGCCUUCCAGCCCUGCAUCGCUUCAUUUCCAAAGUGUAACCUAGAACCACUGGGAGGUUCAAAGUGACUGCCAGGUUUGUGAAACACUUUGAGUCAGAGAGCAGCAAAACAAAUAACUGGUGUCUGGUAACGAAACACAACAGUCCCAAUCAGAUGGGAAGAGCUGGUGUCAUUAUAAUAAUUAUGUGGCCCUGUCUUAUAAAGUGACCUCUGAAAGGAGGGUCCCCCUUCUUAAUGCAUUUAUCAAGCUGUUUCUAGAAGAUAAUCGAUAUCCUGCCAGAACCUGGGACAUGCAGUCCUCAGUCAGUGGCUAGUCAAUCACUGAGACAAGUCUCCUUCCUCAGCCAACUAAUUAGUCCUUUUUCUCUGACAAACCACUGUGUCCUGGGAUGGGAGUGAGGGCUGGGAUUCAAACCUGGUAAGGAGAGAAGGGCAGGUACAUCACUCUAGAUUUUGUUUCAGCAGAAGCCCAAAAUUCCUUUCUAUUGCUUAACUUCCAGGAUUUCUUUCUGCAAUCUCAGUUUUUUGUUGCAGUCUCAGUGACUGUUGCUUAAGCGAUCUCCCAAGCAUGCUGAAGUGCCAUGUUUUUGCUAAAACAUCCACAGUUCUCUCUUCCUCAGUCUGCAAGAAGCCACUGCAUUCCCUGAAUAUUUUGAUGCUUCAGCUCUGGAGCAGAGUACAACAGUAGUCUGCUUGCCGUGGGGAGAGCCAAGACUUAGUGGACUGAUGGUCCUGUGACCAUGAAACCUUAUAAUUAGGUAUGUUUAAUUUGACCGGUAACUCUUUACUACCUUAUUUUAAUGGUGUUUUGGGAGUGGGGAUUGUUUUUAUAAUCAUUAAAGCUAUAUCUCUUUGA